CUAUUCUAACAUAAGAUUGACCAAAACCAGCUUCCAAACGUCCAUUUUUAACAUCCCCGUGCCGAAUUCAUCGCUACUUCGAUCUGUAAAAGCCGAGAAGCCCUAAACAAUUUACCGAAACCUUCAUCAAACAAACCAACCCAACCCAACCAGCAACAGAUCGAAAACCCUAAUAAAAAUGUCUUCGAUUGUUAUUCGAUCUCGUAUACUUUCAAAUAAAUGCGGGUCAAAGAUCUUUAAUCGAAGGUUUUUAAGUUCAGGAGUCGAUUCUUCUUCAAAUCCAUCACGAGAGACGAUCAUGGCUUCGCAAUCCAUUCUUUCCGAUCAAUCUCAGAAUCCUCCUUCUCCUUCUCCGGCGCCGGAAGCUGCCCCACAAGCUUCGGGAGGGAAAUCUUGGAGCUUUCUCAAGUACGGACUCAUCGCGGCUAUUACAGGAACUGCUGGCUAUUCUGGUUAUCUCUCUUACAAGUCUUCGUACGAGGAAGUAGAUCAGAAGGCAAAGGCAUUGCGGGCUGCUGCAAGUUUUGCUCCUAGUGAAGAUGCAUCUGCUGUUGAUAAAUAUCGAGGCUUACUUUACUCUACCGCUAUGACAGUUCCAGCUAAAGCAUUUGAAUCUUAUCUGGAUCUCAGGAGGUUAGUGGAAGAAAAUGUGUUGGAAUUUACUGAACCGACCUCAGAUAAGCUUCUUCCUGAUUUGCAUCCUCAAGAACAACAUGUUUUUACGCUUGUCCUGGAUCUGAAUGAGACAUUACUUUAUACAGAUUGGAAGCGAGAGAGAGGCUGGCGUACCUUCAAAAGACCUGGAGUUGAUGCCUUUUUGGAACAUCUGGCAAAGUAUUACGAAAUUGUUGUGUAUUCUGACCAGAUGAAUAUGUACGUUGAUCCUGUCUGCGAAAGGUUGGAUCCUAACCAUUGUAUACGAUAUAGGCUAUCAAGGGGCGAUACUAAAUAUCAGAAUGGCAAGCAUUAUAGAGAUUUUUCAAAGCUUAACCGGGAUCCAGCCAAGAUCUUAUAUGUGAGUGCUCAUGCGUUCGAGUCUAGCCUUCAACCUGAAAAUUGUGUCCCUAUUAAGCCAUUCAAACUCGAGGGCGAGGAUACAGCACUUUUGGAUCUUAUUCCAUUUCUGGAAUAUGUAGCCCGCAAUAGUCCACCUGAUAUCAGACAAGUAUUACAAUCUUACGAAAGAAAAGAUAUUGCCAAAGAGUUUCUCGAACGUUCUAAAGAGUACCGGAGGCGAAAGCAAGAACAAAGGCAACAACAAGGUCGCUUCUGGUGGCGAUGAGGGCAGAUUCAUGUAUAGUUGAUGGAAUCGAAGAAUAUGAUCAAGUUUUCAAGCUUCAAUUUUUGGCAGUAAAAGGAAAAAAAAAAACUUUUUGCUGAUAAAUUAUACAUUGAUGAAUUGCAUCUUUCACUGCAUUGUUUAAAUAUCUGACAGAAUAACUUGUAAGUUCGUUUGGCUUACAUGUAG